CUCGGUCUGCCCGUGUCCAACCCCAACGCCAAAGAUGUAAUCCCAGACAGGUACAUCGUCGUGUACAACAGCUCGUUCGGGGACGACAAGAUCAACACGCACCAGUCCAACAUCAUGACCAAGAUCGCGAAGCGGAACAUUGGCAAGCGCAGCCUGGACGGCCGCUCCCUGUCCACCAAGGUCAACACUUUCCAGAUGGGCAAGUGGCGUGCCAUGGCCCUCGAGGCCGACUCGCGCAUGCUGGGCGAGAUCUUCGCCGCCGACGAGGUCUCGUAUAUCGAGCAGGACGCGCGGAUCAGCAUUAAUGCCAUCGCGAGCCAAAGCGACGCCCCGAGCGGCCUCGUCCGCCUCAGCCACGCUAGGACGGGCUCGUCGACCUACCUCUUCGACACCAGCGCGGGUGAGGGCAUCACCGCCUUCAUCGUUGACACGGGCAUUCUGGUCACCCACUCCGAGUUCCAGGGACGGGCCACCUUUGCGGCGAACUUUGUAAACAACGUGGACACGGAUGAAAACGGCCACGGUAGCCACGUUGCGGGAACAAUUGGCGGUAGGACCUUUGGCGUUGCUAAGAGGGUUAACCUCGUCGCGGUAAAGGUCCUCGACGCCGACGGUUCCGGCACCAACUCGGGCGUUAUCGCGGGCAUGAACUUU